CCGACUCUAUAAUAUAUGGAAUCAUCGCGUGAGCGCCCGAGGCAGAGACCGGCAGCGCAUUCGACAGAAGUCCUCUUGCACUGCCGCCCCGCCGUCCGCUCCUUUUCGCCCUCAUUGCCUCCUCUUUCUUGAAUUCAAAGGAUGACGGAACUACCAUUCAUGCCCAGGGAGAGGCUUCUGAAGCAUCAGCAAUAUUUUCAGCACGUUCAUAGGCAUACGUAUUUGAAAGGACGUUUCGAUAAAAUAACGUCUGUCGCAAUCCCUCUAGCAUUGGCAGGCUCUUGCUUGGCCCUCAUUGGACGUGGGGUUUACAACAUGUCCAAUGGAAUUGGUAAGCAGGCUUGAUUGGUUUAAGUUUUAAAGAUGUUUUGCAUCAGACAUAGCAUUGGAAAGGUUUGUGGUCAUUUAUAAUAAUUGUUAGUUUGAGAAGUGCAUCUUUGGUUGUUCUUAUUGUUUCUACAGAAGCCAGUACUUUGCUGAGUUUACAGCAUGAAAAAGGUUACGGUGACUACUAUGUCGUUUGUU